AUGGAUGUCACAGCUGCUCAUCGCAACCCGCCCCCUGGUGCAGCUCAAGCUUCGACAGCGACGCAUCGCCGUACCCGCCCUCGUACCCGCAGGCCCACCCCUCCCCAUUGGCCGCGCACGUUCCCCUGCACCACCCGUUCUGCUCUAGGAGACUACGCAUUUUUCCGGUCGAGCACCAGGUCGCGCAUCUUGCGGGCUGCUACUCUGGCUUCUAACGCGUGGGACGAUGCCGUCGCCGAAGACCGCUGGGACAAGAUCACGCUGCACAUGUUUAGGCUGGCGGUUUUUGGCAAAGUAUACGAGCUGAACCAGGGUGAAUGGGAUAACCGCUUCCACCUUCCCUCCCUCGACGACUGGAUGGCGGAGACGACGCACAUGAUGUUCUUCGCCUAUCGUCUUGCUGGCUACCAGCUACACCAGCACAGGCAGUCUAUUCCGAAGCUAGUGGACGUUAUCCCGUUCACUCGAGCGUGCCUCGACUACUGCACGACAGAGGACUUGGACCCCGACAUCUCCGACUACAUGAAAACCAGACCAUCCUUCAGAUUCGAUCUAGGUGUUUUCGAUCCUGUCAACAUACCGGAGGAAAACUACGGGUACCGUUGCACAGAGAUAGUUUACACAUAUCGGCGCAGGCUCGGCAAGUAUAUCCGGGUCAAAGGUGGCGAGAGAGAAUACGCUUGCGACGAGCUUGGCAACCCCCUGUCACUCGUACACGAGCGAGUUGUCCCCUCACCUUCGAAGAACGGCCGCGUUGUGCAUUCGGGGCAGCCUGUUGCUGCAAGUGUUCUAAACCGCUCUACGGGCUCGACAGGCACCGAGCUAUCCGAGAACGCGCCUGGCUCGCUGUCCUCGGAUCAUGGCCACAGCAGCAGUGGCAGGGCGGCGUCACCUCGCCUACUCAGUCCCCGCACCUCGCUGGACGCUCGUGACGAUAAGGCGGUCAUCCACAGCCCUGUGCUAGUGGCACAUGAAAGCUGUCACGGGCUCACCGGGCUCGAGGAUGCUUUUCUGGAGCUAAACAAGCGUCCACCAUCGCCGGUAGAGACGUCGAGUGACGUGUGA